UAUGUGAAUAAUGAGGGCAAUUUCAUAAACUGACGUGUCACGCAGUCGUGUGUUUAAAACGAAUUUAAAAAUUACAUGAUUACAGUCUACGUCUUAAGUACGUGCUGACGACUUUAAAUUGCAACUCAUCCAACUUUUUUAAUUACAAAACACAAGCGAGGUGCGUGGGGUAGGGAUGGCAGCGGUCUGCUGUCGUCGUGAGCAAUGUCCACCUGUUGUUGUUCCCGUCGCCGCUGCCGGCUAACAUUGGUCCAGCUACCUCGCGCUAGUUGUACGUGAUGACUACCAGCCUCUGAAUAAUCGACGCUAUUGUCUAUCGAGACGAGAGAGAAGAGACCGAAGAAGCUGGGGAUAACGUAACACAACGUGGCCGUCGGCAUGAAGCAGCAACGCUACGGCCCAAGCACUGCCCUGCUGCUGCUGCUGCUGUUACUGCUUGUCUGCCAGGCAGUGCUGGUGAAAGGCAUCGACAAGUCGAAGCCCGAGACCGAGAAGAAGCCGUCCGCGACUGUGGUCUCGGCCGGCCAACCGCAGGAAGAGGAGAAGGAGACAGCCUUGGAUGGAGAUAGCUCGGUGGAGGAGGUGCCCGAGGAGAACGAUCGCGAUGACCUAAAGGUGAUCUACGAGCGCCUCAAGAAAAUUACCAAGCUCGGAGACACCCUGAACAGUUUGAUCCUGGCUGGCGAGCCCUUUGAGAAUAGUAAGACUGGUAAACAGCUCAGAACUAAGGAUGCGGCCAAGGAUGAGGAAAGCCUUGACAAAGAGUCCGUUGAUUCUUGGGUGAAGACUGUCAUGGAGCAGGUCAAGGUUAUCGACAACUUUGACUCCCCACAGAGUGUUCUCGAUAACCAGGACGAAGAAGAAGAGGGAGACGCUGCGAAUGACGUGAAGCUAGAGGACCUGCCUCCCGAAGAUCCUCCAGAGCCACUCACUCCAGAAGAGCAGGAAGCGGAGGCAUUGUUUGUAAAAGCCCAAGGAUUGUUGAAUACAACUCGUACGAACAAAGCAGAAGCUUAUAAAUUACUAGCUGCUGCUGCGACCCUUGGUCACAAGGAAGCUCGCUCUAUGCAGGCAUGGGCCCAGCUACUUGGCACUCACAUUGGCUCCUCUUCCUCGCGUUCAUCUAGUCAAGAUAUACCUGCUGCUGUACAAACAUUUAAGGAACUUGUUGAUUCUGGCUUGCCCUCUGCUCAUGCGGGAAUGGGUUUCUUGUAUGCAACAGGUCUGGGAGGGGUCAAUGCCUCUCAACCGAAAGCUCUUCUACACUAUAAAAUGGCAGCUCUUGGUGGAGAUGUUCGGGCCCAAAUGGUCAUGGGUUAUCGCUACUGGAUGGAGGUGACCAUCUCUGCAUCCUGUGAAAAAGCUCUCGACUAUUACCGCAAAGUCGCUACCCGAGUUGCGGAAGCUGUGUCGUUGAGUGGUGGCCCUGUCGUGCACAGAAUAAGACUCCUUGAUGAACACGAGAGUCCUAAUUACAGCUCUGGGAUUUUCGAUCAAGAUCUACUAGAGUAUUAUCAGCUUUUAGCUGAAAAAGGCGAUCAACAAGCUCAAGUUGGUCUCGGGCAACUUCAUUAUCAAGGUGGACGUGGCGUACCAAUCGAUCACGAGCGAGCUGUUCAUUAUUUCCAAAGCGCCGCUAAUUCUGGUAGUGCAUCUGCUCAGGCUUUUUUGGGAAGGAUAUAUCUGGAAGGUAGUGAUGUCAUUAAGCAAGAUAAUGAUACGGCGUUGAAGUACUUUGAAAAAGCUGCUGAGCAAAACAAUCCAAUGGGCCUAAGUGGACUUGGUUUAAUGUAUUUACACGGUAGAGGGGUCGAAAAAGAUCCCAACAAAGCGUAUCAGUACUUUACGAAAGCAGCAGAACAGGGAUGGGUGGAUGGACAGCUGCAGCUUGGAAAUAUGUAUUUUAGUGGUACCGGAGUAAAGCGAGAUUUUGGAGCAGCCAACAAGUACUUUAGUCUGGCAAGUCAGUCAGGCCACGUCUUAGCCUUUUACAAUCUCGCACAAAUGCACGCCACGGGCACUGGAGUGAUGCCGAGUUGUACGGCAGCGGUCGAUCUUAUGAAAAAUGUAGCGGAGCGUGGCAAGUGGAGCGAACAGCUAAUGUCUGCCCACACAGAUUACCGAGAAGGCAAAGUGGACGAGGCUCUCGUCACUUACUAUCUACUCGCUGAGAUGGGCUACGAGGUAGCGCAGAGCAAUGCUGCGUUCAUCUUGGAUCGUGCGGAACAAAUGAUACUUACCGAAGAGGAGGGUCUCGUUCGCGCUCUCACGCUCUGGGCUCGAGCUGCAGCUCAGGGAUACUCGGCUGCUCAGGUAAAACUUGGUGAUGCCCAUUAUUACGGCCGUGGGACCAGAGUCGACUACGAAGCUGCAGCAAGUCACUACCACGCUGCUUCGGAUCAACAACACAAUGCCCAAGCAAUGUUUAAUCUCGGUUACAUGCACGAGCGGGGUCUUGGUCUCAAGAAAGAUCGUCACUUGGCCAAACGUCGCUACGACGAAGCCGCAGAGGCGAACGUGGACGCACGAGUUCCAGUCGCUUUGGCGCUCGUCAAGCUCUACGUACUCUUUGGGGUCGAUUACGUGCAGGACAUUGCUCUUUUCCAGGAGCUUAUAAAGAUCGACGAAUUGAUCGUCAACAGCUGGGACCUCAUACUCAUCGCCAUUCUUAGUGGUAUUCUCGGUUACAUUCUUUUGUUUAGAAGGCCCCAGCUGUUGCAGCAAAGGGUACCGCAGCCAGCGGCCGUGCCCGUUAACUGAGUGUCGGUCUCGCGCCAGUGCUUCGCGAGAACGAUUAAAAACUAUCAUUGAACAUUGUGGGACCAAGUUUAGGGUCGGUUUGUUAAACUGGUAAUUUUUUUUUUUUUGCUGCGAUGAAAACUGCGCGGGCAUUGUUACUGAAUGGAACUGUGAAACAGAGCUGUUUGACGAUUCAGAGGCUUCACUGUUGUGUUUCUUUUGUAGUGAUUCGUUGGAAAAUCACUAGUUAACUUGUGUGUACUUCUUUUUCUUUCAAUAUAUUAAAUCACCCUUUGUGUCAUUAUUUUUAAGUUAAACGUUUAUAAAUUAAGGAAUACACAAGUUUCGUUUUUGAUGCAAUUUGUAUGAAUUAUGCCUUUUUCUGUGUAAUUUUUUAAGCCACGUAUAAAAAAUAUACAUCUUUGUGUGAGACAAUUUUAAAUCUAUAAUAGUCACGUAUAACGAAUAACACUUUGUUCCAAUUUAUUUAAUGGUUCAUAUUUUUUGGUAAAAGCUGUUUUUUAAGUGACUGUAUCAUUAAAUAUCAUUGAGUAAAUUUCAAAGUGACAAAAAUAUAUGAUAAAAGAUAACUUCAUGUAGUAAAGAAAUUGCUCAUAGUUUACUUUUAAUUGAUAUCUUUCUAAUUAAUAUCUGAAUUAAGAGUAAUUGAAAUCGAUUAUAUUUGUACAUGGUCCGUAAUUCUGAUGUUUCUUUAUAUCAGUAUCUAGCAGGCUAAUAUAGACUUUCAAUACUAUCCUCUCCCUGUAAAAUAUCCUCUGAAAAUUUGUCAUUAAACUUAAUAAAUGUAAAUAAUCAAAGAAUAAAUUUGUUUAGUGCUUGAGCUUCUUUCAUUCUGAACAUGAAAGUCUUAAUGAAUAUAACGUGACGUAAACAUUCUCAUCACAAAGUGUUGUUUCAAUUGUAUAUUACCUUGAAUGUUAUCGCAAACUAGAUGCGAUACACAGAGGACAUCUUGAAAAAAUUUAAUUAUUGAAGUUUUUGAAGUGUUUAUGAGAAGCUUUGAAGUCAUUGUAAACCAACCAAGACUAUUGAUUAUGGAAAAAAGUUGUCGUUUUUACUGAGUAUUUAUGACAAUGAUUCUAAAUGCAUAUUAAAUUUAUGUAUCGUAAGAACUGAAAAUAAAACGAUUGUACAGAUUUAUAUAAGAGA